UUUCCUUUCUCUCUCUCUCUCUCUCUCCCAUCGCCAAACGCCAUCAGGGUUUCAGGUUGAAAUAACUGAUUUGUUAUAAUCAAAAUGUCAUCUCCCAGCAAGAGAAGAGAAAUGGAUGUAAUGAAAUUGAUGAUGAGUGAUUAUACAGUGGAGACGAUAAAUGAUGGACUCAAUGAAUUCAAUGUGGAGUUUCAUGGUCCAAAAGAAAGUCUUUAUGAAGGUGGAGUCUGGAAAAUUCGUGUCGAGCUUCCUGAUGCUUAUCCAUAUAAAUCCCCUUCCAUUGGCUUUGUAAACAAAAUAUUCCAUCCAAAUGUUGAUGAGUUAUCUGGCUCUGUGUGCUUGGAUGUCAUUAACCAAUCUUGGAGUCCAAUGUUUGAUCUUCUCAAUGUCUUUGAAGUUUUUCUUCCCCAACUCUUGCUUUACCCAAAUGCUUCAGAUCCUCUAAAUGGUGAUGCUGCAUCGUUGAUGAUGAAGGAUAAAAAGCUCUAUGAACAGAAAGUUAAAGAGUAUUGUGAGCGGUAUGCUAAGAAGGAAAACAUUACCAACUCUACAGCUGGUGAGGAGAGUGGAGAUGAGGAAGACAUCAGUGAAGAAGAAAGUGAAUCUAGUGAUGAUGACAUUCCUGGUCAUGCUGAUCCUUAAAUGGGUUUAGUGGUCUUCCAUUUUUACCUUUUAAGGGCCAUGUAAUACCAAUCAAAGCAUUAUUACACGAUAAUUACCUGUUCAAUUGUAAGACGUAGGAUUAUAAAUGCUAUUUUUUCUGCCUGUAAAAAUACA